AUAUAAUUGGGGAAUAAUAUAAUUAUCACGGUUUAACCUUCGAUCGGCCGUGUCAGACGCGUUUCGCGUAAUGUAAACGGGGGAUGGUAUCGCUAUUAGAUAAUGAAAUCGCGGGGGACAUCGGGGGUCAGAAAAGUUUGACCCUACCAGGUCACCGAUUAUAAGCACUUUUAGAUAUGUCUUAGGUAUAAAAGUGGUGCAUAAUCCCAUCGUGAGCAUACGCAAUCUUGUAUCAGACACAAUGCGGUAUACAUUCCUUUUAUUGGCGCUCGUGGCCCUCGGGGCGGCUACAAUUCCGCAGCAAAAGCAACGUGCUGCAAAUAAAGAACUCUUGCAGAAGCAGCAAAAUUGCAUCGAUCUUCUUGAACAGAUCACUCAGGAUGAUAUACCAAAUCCGCAGCUAAAUCAACUCGGCCAUAACUAUGACAUUAUCGCAAACUCCAACAUGUAUCAAAAUCCGAUAAUAGCCAAGUAUUACGGCAAUGUCGUUAAAGCUGGUUUGGUUCAGCCUAAGGGCACUGCCUUCUCCAACUCUGUCGCUCAAUUGCGCAAGGAAGCAUCUCUUCUUCUGAAGAUCUUUUUGGAUGCCGUCGAUUAUAAAACUUUCUUGUCUACUGCAGCUUAUGCUCGCGUUAAUGUCAACGAAGGACAAUUCCUCCAGGCCUUCAUCGCUGCUGUCUUACAACGUCAAGACACUCAGGGGGUAAUUUUACCUCCAUUAUACGAAAUCCUUCCCCAAUAUUACUUUGACUCUAGAAUCAUCCAGGAAGCACAAAAAAUCAAUUCGCAAAUUAUUCAUUCUCCAAGCGUUCAAAAUGUUGUUAUUCCUGUCAACCAAACCGCAUACUUGCCUCACGGAGAAGAUCAGCUUUCUUAUUUCACGCAUGAUGUUGGACUUGCAAAUUACUAUACCUAUGUUCAUUUGGCUAGUAAUAUUCUGCAACAGAAACAACAACAGCAACAGCAGCAGCAGCAGCAGCGGCAGCAGCAGCAACAGCAACAGCAGCAGCAGCAGCAUCAGCAGCAACAUUACUAUCAAUUAGGAGGUUCCGGAAUUCAGUGGUCGGAACAAGACAGUCCUAUCGGUGCAGGAGCUCAAUCCGCCUAUCUUCACCAACAACUUUUGGCCCAUUACCAAUUGAACCGCCUUGCCAACGGACUUGAUCCAAUUAAUCAACUCGACUACGUUACCGUACAGGCUCCGUUCGAGCCUCGUCUUCAACAUCCCAAUGGUCUCUCAUUCCCCGGCCGUCCAGAAUACUUGAAUCUUGAACAACAAGGCUCGCAACAGCAAGAAUUGAGCCAAACUGUGAAGGAUUUGGAAAAGAGAUUGAUUGAAGCCAUCGACUCUGGAUAUGUUCAAACUGCACAAGGUGGCUUAUUAUCCCUUUACCAACCGCAAGGCUUAAACAUACUUGCCGAAUUGAUUCAAGGAAAUGGGAAAAGCGUAAAUCCAAGAUACUAUGGCAGUCUUCAAGCAGCAGCUAAUCAUCUCCUUGGCAACGCUCCCCAUGUUAAAAACAUUUACGACUACACGCCGUCCGUUUUGGAACUUCCCGAGACAUCCGUUCGCGAUCCAGUCUUCUACCAACUUUACCAAAAAGUAAUCAAUCUCUAUAAGCGCUAUCAAAAUUCCUUGUCACCAUAUCAAUACAACGAUCUCGUUCUUCCUGGCGUUACAAUUCAAUCCGUUGUUGUCUCUCCAUUGACGACUUUCUUCGAUGAGUAUUAUGUGAGCCUUAAUCAGGCAACCGUUCAAGAACAAGGACAAGGAAUUCUAGGUGGACAGGUUGGUCAACAAGGUGUGCAGCAAGUACAACAGCAAGGACAACAGCAAGGACAACUGCAAGGACAACUGCAAGGACAACUGCAAGGACAACUGCAAGGACAACAGCAAGGACAACAUCCAGGACAGCAGCAAGGACAGCAGCAAGGACAGCAGCAAGGUCAACAGCAAGGACAACAGCAAGGACAACAGCAAGGACAACAGCAAGGACAACAGCAAGGACAACAGCAAGGACAACAGCAAGGACAACAGCAAGGACCAACUAUUCAGGCCAAAUUAAUGAGAUUAGAUCACCACCCGUACAAUUAUCAGAUCAUCGUUCAAUCUCAGAGUCACAUCUCCGGUGCCGUUGUUCGCGUUUAUCUUGGACCAAAAUACGAUAACCAAGGACAACCAAUUAGUAUUUCUGAACACAGACAAUUAUUCGUAGAAUUCGACCAAUUCGUUCAAGACCUGCAACAAGGGCAAAAUAUUAUAUCUAGGAACUCUCAACAGGCGUCAGGACAAAGCCACGACUAUCCAUCGACGCAAGCUAUUCAAGAAGGUGUAAAUGCUGCCAUUAAUUCCCAGCAGCCAUUAUACAUUACAAAACCACAGCACGUCUAUGGUUUCCCUGCCAGGCUAUCUCUUCCCAAGGGUACUUCCAACGGUUUGUCGCUUCAGCUUCUCGUAGUGAUCUCCGCGUCGACAACACAAGAGAAUCCGAAUUACGGACCAGUUAUCCCAGAACAAUACCAGAAUUAUCAGGAACAUUAUCAAAUAGUAGAAGCUAAAGAAUACCAGCAGCAACAGGGACAACAACAGAUACACGGCGUGAAAAAAACCAUGGAAGUUUUGCCUGAGCAAAAUGAUUUAGAACAAUUUAUCGAAGCCGUCGGCACAGAACAAGGUAGUUUCUACGCGAAACAAGGACAAACUCCAUACACCCAAGUAAAAGCUAAUCAGUAUGGGCACAUUCAACAGUAUCACCAAUAUGGACAACAACAGACACCUAACGGCGGACAGCAACAAUCGACCGUUCUGGGCGGUGUUUUGAGCGGCGUUCUGGGCGGAGUUCAAUCUGGCGUUCAAGGUAUGUAUGAUAGCGUACAAGAAGGCAUUCAAAUAAUGAAUAACGAUGUCAAAGGUAUCGUACCUAUACACGGCGUGCAAGGUGGCGUGCAACUUGGCGUACAAGAAGGCGUACAAGCGGGAGUACAAAGACAGCCGCAAGGAGGCUUACAAGUACAAGGAGGACAACAAGGAGGAGUACAAGUAGGUCUGCAAGGUGACGUACAAGGAGGUGCACAAGGAAGUGUACAAGGAGGUGUACAAGGAGGUGUACAAGGUGGUGUACAAAGUGGUGUACAAGGUGGUGUACAAGGUGGUGUGUACGGUACGAGCCACUGGCAAGGACAACACGGUGUUUGGCAAGGACAACAAGAGCCGGCGCAACAUUAUAGCAGCGGACAGACGCACGCCGGUGGAUACCAAGGAAUUUAUCAAACCAGCAGCCAAACUGUUCAGGAUCAACAAGUCGAUAACCAUUAUCAGAACAAAAUGAUUUCCGAAAUCAUAGGUGGUGCCAUUUCCCUCGAUGGCAAGCCUUAUGGUUAUCCAUUGGACAGACCUCUUACUCCCGGUGCUCUUGCCGUUUCCAACAUUUAUGUCUGCAAUGUUGACGUCAAACACGAGGGUCAACUGACCAACACGAUCAACCAGUAAUAUCAUCACCGAAAUACUUGUGACUAGUGUAUUAUAUCGUAGCAAUAUGAAUUUGAUCAAUGUCAUACUUAAAAAUAACACGCAUUACCGGAGUGUUUGCGUGUGUAUUUGUUUGCCUCUGCGUGCGCGUACCGCUUGAUACGAAAAAGAUAAAAAGGGAAUGAUUAAUAUGGAGAAAGCACAAUAAAUAAAUUGCC